AUGAUAAUCUAUUUGAUUUAAUCCAUUUUUUCUCAGCAUUUGAUAAUUCGAUAAUGCUAUGAAUAACUUUUUAACCAAAAAUUUUGUAUAGAAUCAACAAAAGAUUCUUCUUGUAAUAAUAUACAACAUAUUAGGCACUUUUAAUGAAUAAUAUAAAUUAUGUCUUCCAAUUACCGAUACUAAUUAUGGAUGCAGCAUAAAUCUGAAUGAAAAAGCUUGUAUAAAUUAAUUGAGUGAUGAAUAUGGAAUAGAAUAUUAAUGUAUAUAGUUAUAUUUAUUUUAGGUGUUUUUGAUUUGAGAUGCAAAAAGGCUUCAAAAUAAUAAUUAUCUAUAUUAGGUUGCUUUGAUAAAUUCAGCAAACAUGCUUGCAUGAAUAUACGAAACCAUAAAUGCUAAUGGGAUUCCUUUUGCUAGUAUCUUUAAAAUGAAGAAGUUUAACUUCUAUCAUGUGAAUAGUAAUAUAAACUGCCUGUGACACCUUUGGUUUGUUCAUCUAUAAAGAAUUUAGAAUGUAUUAAAUUAUUUAAAAAUGAAGGUAUGAACACUGGCCUUUAAGGAGAUUAUAAAUGUGUUUCAAUACAAGAAAAUGAUUAUUCUUGGUUAAAAUGCUCAUAGUUAGGAUUAACUGAGCUAGGUUGCAGAAAAAUAAUUGCAUUUGGAGAAAAAUGUAUUUUUAUAUUUUAUUUAGGUAUUUAUAAAAAUAAUAUUUGCUAACAAGUCUCCCAUAAUGAAAUUUUAAACUGCAAUUCAAAAAUAAAUAAAUUAGCUUGUCUUUCAAUAGAUAAUCCUGAAUUUAGUUGUUAUUGGAAAAAUCAAUAGUGCUUAGAAUUUCAAUUUUUGACUGAUAAUUAAGAAAUCGUGUCUAAUGUUAAUAUAAGUGUUUGUUCUAAACUUAAUGGUCCUUAUUAGUAUGAUAAAGAAAAAUCAUAAUGUGUAAUUAUUCCUUAAGAAAAUUUUCAAUUUUUACAUUGUAAUACAAUUGGAUUAUCUAGAGAAGGUUGUUUACAAAUAAAAAAUGAAAAUUGUUCUUUUUAUGGAGGAAUAUGUUAAGAACUUAAUGAAUAAGAUCUUAAAAGUUAUUUAUGUAAUAUGGAUUUGAAUGAAAAAGCAUGUAUUAAUUUAGAAACUGAAUUUUAAUAUUGUCAAUGGAAUGGAAUUAAAUGUGAAAGAAUAUUUAUUAAUUAAGAUAUAGAUUGUCCUAUGAAUUUUGUAAAUAAAUCAAUUAAAGUUAAUGGAAAUGUAUGUUAAGCUAUAUCUAAACCUGAUAUUUUAUGUAAAUAUAAUUAAAAAACAAAUUUGUGUGUUUCUAGUUUAAUUAAUGAUGAAUGUAAUACUCCAUUUAUUAAUUUACUUGGUUGUCUUAGUAUUUAAAAUAAUAAAUAAGCAUGUUAAUGGAUUUAAAAUUAAUGUAAAUAAAUCAAAAUUGAUAUUAUAACAACAACAACUUUUGAAAAUUUAGGAUAUGCAAAUCCUUAUGCUUGUUCUUAAGUAUAUUAAAAUGAUUCAAUUGGUUGUUUUUAUGAUAAAAUUUCAUAAAAAUGUAAAUCAAUUAAUGUCGAUUUAAAUCAUAAUUCAAUAAAAAUAUUUUUAAAUAAAAUUACAUGUAAAGAUUAAUCAUUAGGAAUUAAUAAAGUUUUAUGUGCUUCAAUUACUACUGAAUUAACUCCAUGUAGAUGGCAUUAAGAAUAAUGUUCUUUUGUGAAAUAGUAGUAAAUUAUAAAUAUACCUUGUUAAUAUCUUGAAUAUGCAAACUAUUAAGUAUGUGCUUUUGUUGAAUUAGGAAAAAAAAUGUGUGGAUUUUCUUCUAAAUUCAAAGGAUGCAUUGAGAUUUUUACAGAUAAAAUCAAGAAUUGUAAUACAAAGGGAUUAAAUUAAUAUGCAUGUACAUCAAUUGAUGGGUUUUGUUACUUUGAAAAUUAUAUCUGUAAAGAUGCUAACCUAAAUUUGAAGAAUAUUAAAUGUUAUUCAAAUUAUCCUACUAAAAAAACUUGCUUAGCUGUUUAGACAGAAGGUUAAUAUUGUUAAUGGUCUAAUAGAUUAAAUUAAUGUAUAAAUGCACAUAUAGAAUAAAAUGAGAAAUGUGAAAAUUUUAGUUAAGUAAACUUCAGUGUUUGUGCAUAAGUUAUUAAUAAUUCUAAAUAAAAACCUUUUAAAGGUUAUUGCAAAUAUGAUGAAAAUAAAAAUUCUUGUUAAAUUCUAGAUAAAUAUCAAUGUACAACUAAGUGUUGUACAGAAGUUAUUGGAAUAAAUGCACAUGCUUGCAGCAAGUUUUCUGCAAAAGAAUUUGAAUCGGAUUAUUGUUAUUUUAAUAAUUUAAGAUGCUAAGAAUUAACUAAAGAUAUUGUAGACAUCAAUGACCCAAUACAAGUCAAAUUUUAUUUUAAUGAGUUAAAAUUACCAUGCUCAUCUAUGACUAAAAAGACUUGUCAUAUGAUUGAUUGGUCAGAAAGUCAAAGAUGCUUUAGUGAUGGAGAAAUUUGUAACCAUUUUGAAACAUAUCAUUAUUCAAAUAUAAAAGAGUUGAUUAAUAAUAAAACAAUUUUUAAUAAAUUUGCUUGUUUAUCAGUUGAAGCAAAAUCUAAUAAUGAUACUGAAUUCAAAUAUUUAACCUAUGAUGAUGAAAAUAAAACAUGCAAAAUAUAAACUAAAAUUGAAUAUAAGAGUUGUGAAGAAGUAGAGGGAAAUAGGAAUGUUUGUAUGAAAUAUACUGAAAAAUUAUAUUGUAAAUGGAAUGCUGUUAAAUUAAAAUGUGUUACAAUUUCUUUUUAGGAGCUUUAUGAAAUGAAAAGUUGUGAGUUAAAUUAAAAUAUAGAAGCAUGCUAUGAAAAUUAAUAUCAAAAUUGUUCUUAUGAUAAUUAUUCUGAUAUGUGUAUAGCUUUUAAAACAGAUUAUAUAGUUGAAAAAUAAUAUAAGAUAGAAUCUGUAUGUAAAUAAUUAACAGAUUAACCUUAUAAAUUUGUUUUUGAUAAUAAAUGUGUUGUUUUAUUAAAUAAAUUUCCAAAUUGUGGUGAAAAUAAUAUCAAUAAUUUAGCAUGUUAUAUGAAUUCUUCUGGAGAAUGUAGAUGGAAUCCAGAAUCAUUGACAUGCUAUUAAAAUGAAGAUGAAAUUAACCAAUUAAGUUGUUCUGAUAAUUUGAAUAAAGUUCUUUGUAAAUUAGUUACUAAAGAAGCAUGUGUUUGGAAUGAGAAUAAAAAAUAAUGUUAAUCUAUAGAAAAAAUGAUUAAUAGUGAUUCAAAUAACGAAUAAAAUGAAGUAGCUUGCUUAUAAAGAAAUAAAGUAGGCUACUAAUAUGAUUCAUAAAAUCAUGAAUGCAAAUUAAUCGAUAAAUAAUUAAAUUGCUCAGAUAAAAAAAUAAAUAAGUUUGCCUGUCUAUUUUUGACUAAAGGAUCUAAAUGUUAUUAUAAUAAUGGGGAGUGUUUAGAUUAUCAAUCUGAUUAAACUAUUUGUGAUUCUGGAACUGAUAUCAAUAUCGAAGUUUGUAUGGAUAUACCUAAACCUUGUUUUUUUAAUAUUGAUUCAUUAAAAUGUGAAAAUGCUAAAAUUGAAAAAGAUACAACCUGUUAAGAUUUAAAUGAAAAAAGACAUUUCAAUAAAAUAGCUUGUUCAUCUAUUAGUAUGGAUUUAACAUAGGGUUAUGGAAAUGAAUAAUGUUUAAUAGAUACUGAUCAAUCAUAAUAAUGUAAUUAUUAGAAAUAUUGCUAUUGGGAUAUAGCAAUAUAUACUUGCAAUAUUUAUAAAUUGGUGGAAUCAUUCUUUGAUAAAUCAUUUCAUGAAUAAAUAAUGAAAAACUUAUGGGUUUUUAAUGAUACUUAGGAAUUAGAAUAUACGAAUAGCACAAAUGAUUGUUCUUAAUAAAUUAUCAUAAAAGAUGGAAAAUAACAAUUUAAAGAUUAAAAUAAAUAUGGUAUAUGCAAAAAUACUGGUAAAAGAUGCUAACAUAACUCAGAAUGCAAUUAAAUCACUUAUUAUUAAAAACCCAAAAACAUAAUAGAGGCAUAGGCAUUGAAGGAGGAUAAUUAAAAAAAUUUUAUAUAUCUUAAUGAUACUUGUAUUGAAUAUUGCGAACCAGUUGAUCAGGAUUGUUAAGACUAAAACAUAUCAACAAUUAAACUUGAUUUCUUAAUAAAUGGUUAAUAACUAAAAAAAAUCUGCUUACCAAAACUCUUUUACGAUCAUCAUCCUCUAUGUAUUAAUUUUAAUAAUACAUUAUUAAAUUGUGACAAUAUAUACUCUAAAGCCCUUUGUUUAUAAAAUGAAUAAUGCUAUUUUGAUAUCAACUAAGGUGGUUGUAGAUAAUUAACAGGAAAUGAACAUAAAUUGCCAAGUUGUUCAGCAAUUUAAAAUAAAUGUAAAACAAGUUACUCAAGAAAUGCUAUCUGCUAAGAAUUGGAAAAAGAAUCAAACAAUAAAUGCUUCUCCAAUCAAAUUGGCAGAAUAUAAUGCUAAAAUAUUAUAAAUUAAAAAAAAUAUGGAUACUUUAAAAAUUGCUCCAAAAUCCAUGAGAGUGUUGCUUAACCAAUUUUAUGUGCAAAAGCUUAAGAUAUUUGUAGAUUUGAUGGAGUAAAAUGUGUUAAUACAAUAGUUGAUCCAUGUUAAUGUGAUAAAAGUUAUAGUAAAUAAUUAUGUGAAAAAUGUGGUUGUGAUUUUAUGUUUUUAGGUUAUUGUUAAUAAUAAAAAGAAUUGGCUCCUUAAAUAAAUGAAGAUUGCUCAAAUAAAUAUUAUUUAUGUUAUGAAGUUACAGAAUUUGUAUAUAAUAAUAAAUAAAAAGUUUGUGGUUUAGUUGAUUAAGCUUGUAAAUUUACAAAUAAAUGUGAAGAUGCAACUCAUUCUACUUGUAAUGAAUUAAUAGGACUUGUUGUAUCUUAAUAAGCAUGUAUUAGAUGUUAAGGUUAAGGAAUGAUAUAUGAUAGUAUUAAUCAAUUAUGUAUACCUUUAAUUGAAAAUAUAAAUGAAUGUGAAAAUUUAAAUAAAUAAGGUUGUUUAUAAUAUACAAGAAAUAUUAAAUGUAAAUGGAAUAAAAUUAAAUCUUUAAAAUGUAAUUAAUAUAAAUAUGAAUGUUAAAAUAUUUAAAAUAUAGAAUAAACAGAUAAAUUAGAUUGUUCUAUUUUAAAUUAUGAUAGUUGUAAUUAAGAAUAAUAAAAUAAAUGUUGGUUUAAUAUAGAAACAUAAUUAUGUAUAAAAUAUAAUCCAUUAAAAGGACAAUGUAAUACACUUAAAAAUAAAUCAUUAUGUAAUUUAUCAAUGGUUUAAUCAUGUAUAUGGAAUGGUAAUAUUUGUUAAAUCUCAUUAUAAAAUUAACGAUGUGAAGGUUUAAAUAAAUUUGGAUGUUUAAAUUUUUAAGAUAAACCUUGUCUAUGGUCUUAACUUAAUUAAACAUGUAAAUAAGCUAAUUUAAAUGAUUAAAUUAAUAAUUGUAAUUAAUUUGACAAUUAUGAAAUGAAUGCUUAAACUUGUACAUAAAUUAAUACUUAAAACAAAUAAAGUUGUAUAUUAGGUAAAAAUUAUAAAUGCAGAUAAAUUAUAGAAUCUAUAUUAUAUGAUUGUGAAACUGCUGGAUUAAAUUAAUAAGCUUGUAUUCUAAAAACUAAGAAUUCAUGUGCAUUCAAAAAUAAUAAAUGUAUUUCCAUUCAAAAUUUAAAUGAAGGUUGUUAACCUUAUUUAAACAGACUUGCUUGCUUGAGUUAAAAAUAAAAUUGUUAAUAUGAGAAAAAUUCAUGCUCAGAAUUAGAAAUCAAUAAUUAUGAUGAAUUAUUUAAAAAUGUUAAUAGGUAAUAUUCAAACUAAUUAUGCAAAUAAUUUGACAAGAAGGGAAAUAGUUUAAUAUAUUCUUAAAUUUUAGGAAGGUGUUUAGAAAUCCCUUAAUAGAAUGCAAUAAUUUCUGAUUGUGGAACAAUAGGUAUCAAUAAAUUUGCUUGCUUAUCCAAUACUAAAGGUUUAUGCUAAUAUAUAGAUUCUGAAUGCAAAAUUAUUUAAAAAGAAUAAGUUAAAUCAUGUGAGGAAACUUUAAAUUGGGUAUCUUGUAUUAAUAAUAAUUUAAAAUGCAAAUUUGUGUAAUCUAAAUGCUAACCAUUUUCAAAAGAAGAAUCCUGUAAAAGUUUAGAAACAGAAAAAGCAAUCAUAAAUUAUAGGGUUUGUGCCAAUACAGUAGACAUACCUUGCAAAUACGAUAGUAAUACAUUUAGUUGCAAAGAAGUAAAUGAUCAAUUUGAAAUGUGUUCUGCACUUGGUUUAAAUUAAAAAGCUUGUAUUUUUAAUACUUCUAAAUCAAGAUGCAAAUUUGAAUUAAAUGAGUGUAAAAUUGAUAAUUAAAAUGCUAAAUGUACAGAUAUGAUAAAUGAAAUGAAAUGUUUAAAUAUAAAAGAAAAAAAUUGUUAUUUUGAUAAAAUAGAUGGAUGCAAAAAAAUAUCAUUAAAAUUGAAUUAAUAAAAUUGUGAACAUGCCAGUAGAUUUAUUGAAUCUACUUGUUCACAAAAGCCUUGUAUAUAUGAUAAAUAAAUUUAAUAAUGUAAAGAUGUUUAAUUGGAUGAUGAUGAUUUUAUUUGGUCUAAUAAGGAUUCAUUCAAUAAAUAGGCUUGUAUGAUUUUUGAAAAUAAAUAAACAUAUUGGGAUGACGGAUGUUUUGAAGUAACAGAAGAAAUGCUUUAAAUUUUAAAAUGUGGUGAUUAACUUAAUAAAUAAGCUUGUUUAAAUGUGAAGACUCAAUUCUAAUUUUGUUUAUUUAGAGAUGGUAAAUGCCAAGCUUAUAAUAAUGAUAAUUGUGAAAAAAUUAGUGAUAUCAAUAAUGGAGUAAUUUGCUCUCUAACUAAAAAUUAAGAAUGCAAAUAUGAUUCAUUUAAAUCUAAAUGUGAAAUAGUUGAGUAAAAUUCUAAUGAUUUGAACUGCAAUGAGAAAGCAUAAUAGUUUUAUAAUAAAGAAGCAUGUGAAAAAGAUGAAUAGUGUAUAUUUAUUGGUUACUGUAUAUAAAAAGAUCCAAAUACAAUGUAUUAUUGCAAAUAAGCUUAAACAAAUAAUUAAUGUAAAACUGUACUUUUAGAAGACUGUUAUUUUGAUAAUUCUUCAAAUUAAUGCUUACUUAUUACAAAUCAAAUAACAAAAAUAACUUGUUCUGAAGUAUAAAAUAAAAUUAGCUGCAUUAAAUUUUAAAUUGAAGGCUAGAAUUAUAGAUUUUAUAAUUAUGAAUGCAAAUAAAAUAGCAUUGAGGAAUAUUCAAAUAAAAAGUAUUUUGAUAUUUCAUUAAUUAACAAUUUUUAGUUUUGUGAAUAAAUUACAGAUACUGCGUUUGGUUAUAAUUCAUAAAUUCAUACUUGUAUUGAAGUAAAGUAAGAAUCCUAAGAUUUAACAUGUCCAAAAGACUUAAAUAUAAAGAAAUGUAUACCUUUAAAUUCAAAAAGGAAUUAAUGUAAAUUUUACAAGUACUAAUAAGAGAUAAAUGAAGAUAUAUUUAAUUGUAAUAUAAGUGAAAUCGAAUGCUGUUAAAAAGCUAAAGAUUAAAGAUCCUGUUUAUAUUAGACUAAAUUUAAAUGUUAAUGGAAUGAUAACUGUACUUAAUAUAUUCAAUAAUAAAAUAACAUUUUAUGUGAUUAAAUAAAAAAGGCAUCAAAAUAAGUGUGUUUUUCAUAGUCUGAUAAUUUUUGUAUUUUUGAUAUAGUAAAGUUGGGAUGUAAAAAGAUUGAAAGUGUAUCAAGUUGUGAUUAAGUUUAAAGUAAAGAAUAAUGUAGAAGAAUAACAAUAAUGCCAUGUUUUUGGAAUGAAGAUGAAUGUUAAUACAAAGAAAAAAGUUUAUCAGAUACUUGUUAAGAUAUUAAUAAUAAAUAUGGUAAUUUACAAGCUUGUAUUUAAGUUGAGAAAUAAGGAUAAAUGUGUGCUUUUAUAAAUUAAUAAUGUCAAUCAUUUGUUGAAAUUGAAAGUAACAACAACUGUCUUGAUUAUAUUAAUAAAAAUGCAUGUUUAAAUUAAACAUACUCAUAAUGUUUUUGGGAUUCAACUGAAUCAUUUGUAUACAAUAUUAAAACAAAUAUCACUAAUGAUAAUAUUGGAAAUAAAUUAGGAUCAUGUUAGAUAUUUAUAAAAUAAGAUGAAAGUGAUUGUGAAAACAAUUUAAGUUUUUAAUCUUGUUUAAGAAUAACAAAAUAAGGAGCAUAUUGUUAAUGGAAAGAUGGAUUAUGUUAGAAAGUUUAAGAGGAUAAUUUAUUUAUUUAAGAAUUAUCUAUAAGAGGGUUAGUUAACAGCAACGUUUGUCAUUUAAUUAAAGAUAUGGGGGUUAUUUAUGAUGAAUAAGUAUAUAAAUGUGUCUAAAGAUAUAAUAAAGAUCAUCUAUCUUGUAGUUCUCCAAAACCUGGUAUGAAUAUUGUGGCAUGUCUUUAAAUAAAAUAAAAAAAAGAACUUUGUAUUUGGGAUUAUGAAAAGAAAAUCUGUUAUAACCUAAGAAAAUAAUAGAAUAAUUUUAGAAAUUAAACAAAUACUGCAUAUAAAAAUGAAUUAUAAGAAACAUGUUAUAAAUUAGGUAUCAAUCCUGUAUACUGUUCUGAAAUUGAAUUAGAAUAACCUUGUGGUGGUAUGAAAGAAGGAUGUGAUUAUGUUGAUUUAAAUGUUGUGAAAUGUGAUCAUUUAGGAUUAAAUAAGUAUGCAUGUAUAAAUGUAAAGACUUAACCAUGUAUUUGGGUAAAAGAUGAUGAUGAUUUCUAUCAUUGUGAAGAAAGGAUACCAGAUGGUAAAUGUGAAGACAAUAAUGGGAUUGUAAAUCCUUUGUUAUGUAGUAUGGUAGAAGAAUAUGAUCCCUGCUCAUAUGAUUCUAAUAGCCAUACUUGUAAAAAGCCUUAAACUAAUUUAGAUAGUUGUGAUGUUGAAGGUAUCAAUGCAUAUGGAUGUAUAUAAAUAAAAAAUUGUUUUUUUUUAAAUUAGACUUGUCAAUUUUUUGAUUCUAAUAACAAUCUAUAAUGCAAAGAUGCUUACUUUGCUAAUUAAUCAGUUUGUUCUUAAAUUAAAAAUGGAGGAUGUAAAUAUAAUUAAUUAGGAUUUGGAUGUAUAGAAUCAUCAUUUGAGGAUUUUUGUUCUAGUGAAGGAAUAAAUAUGGAUGGAUGUAAUAAAAUAGAUAAUUGUUAAUGGAAGAAUGAAUAAUGUUAAUGCAAAAUGAUAUUGGAAUAAUAAAAAGAUUGUUCAGAAUAUUAAGAUUAUAUAAAUUGUAAUAAAUCAAGUAAAUGUUAUUUUGAAUUUUCUUAAUUUUAAAAUAAUAAAGGUAUUUGUAAAGAAUAGUAUUGUGGUUAUUAAAAUCAGUGUAAUUAUCAAUUAGAAAGUGGUCAAAUUUGUUAUUAAGAUUUUGAUGGAAAAUGUAAUGAAGCUAAUUCAUGUAAUGAAAUAAUAAAUUCUUAAUUGGAUUGUUUUAAUUUUGUUUUUGAUAAGAAAUAAUGUGUAAGUGAUGAUAGUAAUGCUUGUAUCAAAUUUGAAAAUUGUGAAAAAUUAAAUAAAAUAUAAUGUAUUAAAUAUACUAAAGAUUGUAUUUUAAUAAACACAUGUGUUACAAAAUAAUGUCAUCAUAUUAAGGAUAAAUAAAGUUGUAUUUAAUUUAAUUGUACUUGGUUUGAUUAAAACUGUAAAGUAUAAAUAGAAUGUUCUGAAAUUCUAAUAGAAAAUGAUUGUAAUAUUAAUUAUUAUAAUGGAUUACAAUGUUCAUGGCAUUAAAUUAGUAAUGAUAAUUUAAACAAUGGAUUUUGUACUUCAUAUGGAUGCAAUUAUCUUUAAAAAAAUUUAUAAUGUAAUGGAAUUUAAGUACAAUCUAGUAUUUGUCUCUAAAUUUAUAAAAAUAUUUGUUUAUCUUGUGAAUAAAUUUUUGAUGCAUGUGAAUGUAUGAAUAAUGUUGAGUAUUGUCAAUAUGAUAUUAAUUAGAAAUAAUGUAUUUCUUAAACAUGUGAAAGUUACAAUGAAUUAACUUGUCCUCAUACUCGUUGUAAAUUCAAUAAAUAAUACAAUGUAUAAAUAUAAUAUAAAUAUAUAGAUUUGUAUUCCAUAAUGUUAAUACAAUUACAAUAAAAAACAAUGUUAAUAUUUAAAUAUAUGUAUUUGGGAUCAAUUAUAUACACCACCUUGUUUUGAAAUUGAAACAUUUAUAGACACUCCUGAAUAUGUUUAUGUGACAUUUAGUUUAAUCAUAUUUUAUUAGGUAAUGUUUUACACAAUAUUAUUAAUUUGA